AAAAAACUGGCAAAACCUAUACAUUUGGAAAUUUAUCAAGACAGAGACUGAAGAAUAAAGAAAAUGAACUCUAUUGCCACAUCAUGAAAUCCAAAGAACCUUUAAAGAGGAUGAGUUAUGUAAAUGGAACUGAAGGGAAGGAAAAGCUGCCUUCACCUGGUACAAAAUACACAUGUGUAUAUACAUGGAUAAAGCAACACUGGUCUGUGGCAGCCUGUCCAGAGGAAUGGAAAUAUCCUUUGUCUUUAGCUCUUCGUUUUCAUACUAAAGUUAGCAAUAUGUCUAAAAUUGAUGCACAUAUCACCCAGAGUAGAAUUUUAACUUCUGUUUCAGAGGAAAGAGGAAAAGAGGUUUCUGUUCUUCCUAGGGCCUUGUCACUCAGCUGUCCUGUCCCGCACCUGCACAGACUUACUCAUCAAAAUAUGAACUCAAUAGAGAUUUAUCCUGGAGAUGGAUCUAUUUUCAAAUCAGAAGGAGCUCAUUUGGGGAACUAUUUUACGUAUUGCUCCAUUCAGGAAGGAGCAGAAGAGAGAGAAGAGAAAACUUAUUCAGUAAAUAACCUUCCUCCAGAUAGACCAGGAAGUCUGUUCUCUGUGUGUUCUCUAAUUAAGCAGGCAACCAGAAUUCUUCAACAUUGUGCGAAGAUGAGACUUUCUUUAAGCCAUAACUAUUGUGUAUGCUGCUGGAAAAUGGUUUCUGGGAUAAAUGAGAGCAAUAUAUUGCCUUUGCGUUUGAAAGAAUCACUCAUACCCAACGUGGGAAGAUUUCUUGCCUACUCUGAUGACAAAGUACAUGCUAUCUUUUUAGAUGGCAUUAGUCUAACUCUAAAUUGGAAUUUCAGCUCUUCCAUUGAAAAGAGACAGGUAAAUCAAGGUCUUACCUUAGGUUGGUGUAAGUUAACUUUUCCUGAUGGACAAGAUCAGUUAAUUCAAAUUGAACACCCUGGACCAUAUGAAAGAUAUGUGACAACAGUAAUAUCAUGGUGCAGAAGGCUGACCCAGACCAAUCCCAGAGAGAUGCCUACACAUCCUUCAUCUUCUGUUGAAGAAAAUUGGUGUGUUGCUUCUGAACUUGAAAAAAUACAGAAGUUUAACUUGCUCCUGGAGAACAGUGGUGUCCUAAACCAGAUUUCUAAUAAAAAAAAUGAACUGUCUUCUGAUCAUUAUAAACCAAGAUCUACAGAAACCUUGCUAGAAGAAGUUAAUGAAAAGGGAGUAUCAGUAGCAUUGAAAAAAACCUCUGAAAUCCUUCAGGAUAUUGACUGUCUUUUAUCAAACUCCAAAAAGUGAAAAAUGGAAUUAUUACAAUAUGUUAUUAAAUCUUAAGACUGUUGUUUCAAGUGACUGGUAUAAAAUUACUAGUAAGCCAAGAAAUUGUAUAUAUUACUUCUGCACGACUGUAUGAGAAUUGACAUUUAAUUUUGGAAGUGUUUUACCUAGUUUGUAAAGUUUUUAAAAUAUGUUUGUAAUAUAUUGUUUUAAUAAAGAACUAUUUGGAAAUUUU